AUGGGGCCAACUGAGGAGGCUAAUAGGAGUGAGAUCGUGGUGGCGGGGAGAGCCAGGUGUAAGGAGGAGGUCCUGGCUGAGGCCACUGCCUUUGUGAGGCAGAAUGGAGGGAAUCCUGGAGACCAGUCCCUGGUUCUGGCUCACUGCAAGAUCCAGUUUGGAAAACACCAGGGCCAGAGGUUCCUGUGGCUGCUGGAGAACUCACUGGGAUACACCUCGCAGAUCAGGGAGGUAGGGGAGGCUGUGGAGGUGUACCAGAAAAAACAGGCCAUGCUGCAGGAGGCCCAGAGGACGGGAGACUCUGGUUGUCUGAUGGUGGAGUUUGGUGACUUCAAGGCCACUGCGGCCUCGAGAGGCCCUGCCCUGGCCCCACCUCGUGUUCCAGGCCCUGCUGCUGCUCCUGCUCCUCCAGCAUUGUGGACCCCUGGCCAGGUGUCCCAUCCGCCUGCAGAGCUUCCUGGGUACUGGAAGGAGCAACUUCUAUCUUUCCAGCAGGACUGGAUCAGGAAGACUCUGUUCAGGGCCAACACAAAAACAGGGAAGCCUGAGCUGACGCCACAUCCCAACUUCUGGUGGUACCCUCCCCAGCCCCCGACCGUCUUCACCCAGCCCCCUGCCUCUCCUGAUAUCUUCUUCUGCCGCCCCCUGUUCCUCUGGAUGCCGCUGAAGAUGUGGUCCAUUCCACUUGUCUGUGUCCAGCCAGCCUGCAGUAACCACAAGCUGACAGCUGCUGGCAUUUACCGCACUGUGCGCAAGGUCCUGGACAUAGACGGGUGGUAUGACAUGGCCACAGAGUAUCUGGAGUGCAAAGGGUGCAAGAAGAAGUAUCCAGCCUGGUCUGAAGACAUCCUGGGACAGCUCGACAUGGGACACCGCAGAACAUUCCCCGCCAUCCUGACAUACAGGUACUCGUGUGACUACCGUGUAGUCAUUAUGAUGCGGGAGAGGACCCGGGGCAACAGCGUCACGCAGCUUCACAAAAAGCUGCAGGAGCAGCACACCUCAGCGUGGUCACGGAGGACGCUGAAGUACCUCACUGUCUGUGAGCCCUUCACAGACUCCUCCAUCACUGAGCCUCCAGUCUUCUCUGCACCCCCGCCCCUCCCACCCAUCCCCAAACCCAAGUGGCUGUUGUCUGUGUAUGCCAGGGACGUCCUCUCACGGCUACCGGAGGUCAAGGCCAAAAUAACUUCGGUCUUUGGGUCUGUCCUCAAGAUGGACUCCACCAAAAAGGUCACUAAAAAACUGGCCGGUGCUGCUGCCAACACUGCUGGUUGGUGCUCUAAUGUGGGCAAUGAGCACGGCCAGGUGUUGGUGUCAGUGCUGACAGCGGCAGAGGGGCAUGGACUGUGGCCCAUGGCGGCGGGGCUCAUGAAGAGGUACAGGGAGGCGGGAGUGGCACCGCCCGCCAUCAUGUACGUGGACAGAGACUGCUGCAGCCCACACGCACACGGACAGUCGCAGGUCAGAGCCAUGUUUGCAGAGUGGGAUGAGCUCCAAGUGCGCCUGGACAUCUGGCACUUCAUGCGGCGCUUUGCGGCAGGCGUCAUCACAGAGGCUCAUCAGCUCUACGGCACCUUCAUGACUCGGCUUUCCAGGUGCAUCUUUGAGCUGGAUCCAGAGGAUGUCGCUGCCCUUCGGCUGGCCAAACAGGGGGAGCUACAGGCCAGAGGAGCUGGUCCAGUCUCAGAGAAGGCCCUGGAUAAGCUGAUCACCAGGAAGGAGUUGUCGCUGCACUGUCGCAAGCGCACCAGAGGAGUGGAGGAGACCACCAGGAGGAUCAGGGCGCUCAUUGAAGAGAUGGACAGUGAGAAGGGGAGGGACACUCUGGGCGUACCACUGCUGGACCACGAGCGCAUCCAACAGGUCUGGAUAGACCAGCAGAGGCACAUUGCCUGUAUUGAGGAUCCAGAGGGCUUCCCUCUGUACCAGAAGACAGGCACACUGAAGAAGGGUGGUGUGGAGCUCAGAUGCUACCGGUGCGCUCGUGGCUCCACCUCUUUGGAGUCUUUUCACCUCCACUUGAACCGCUUCAUCCCAGGGACCAGUGCCAGUGAUGCGCAUUUCCAGGCCUAUCUCCUGGAAGGCCUGAUGCGCUGGAACCAGGACCGUAUGGAUGAAGCGGUGGGGGGAAAGACUGACCUGAGGACCUACAGCAGCGCUGAGAGGGAGGCCAUGGACCGGCUCAGCCGAAAAGUGCUGAAGACGUCCCUGGAUGAGCACUACCAGCCUCCAGGGGCUUACACGGGAGAGCUGCUCGGGAUGGAGUAUCUGUACAGUCAGUCUGGGAAAUCCCUGUCUGUUAUGGAUAACCCGGAGGAGGAGGAUCGGCUGGUGGAGCAGAUGGACGAUGAGGUGGUACAGGACGAAGGCUUCGUUGAGGAGGAACCAGAGGACCUCACAGUGCCAGUCCUCUAUGACGCCAUUGAGACUGUCCCAGUCCACAGCAGUGGCUCCCAGGCCUUCAACCCCUGUCCCUCCGCACCGGGACCAUCCUCACUGCAGCCACCCACAUCCAGUCAAGGACAGCUGCGCCCUACCCAUCCUCCUCAGCAGUCUCCCCAGCUGCGCCCUGCCCAGCCUCCUCUGCACCAGUCGUUUAUUUGA